CUUUCAACCUCCCUUACUUCAACCUGCAUCUUGUGUCCUGCGUCUUUAAGCGCCAUCCUCUCACCAACUAUUCGAGCGCCGGUCAUCUCCUUUCUGUGUAUAGCAUUGCAUCUACCUCCUCCCAUCACCAGCCGGUCUCGCGAUGGAGGCACUCCUGAGCCUCGCCUUCGACAACAUUGCGUCGAAGGACACCCAGAAGAUUCGCAAGGGUCUUCGCCAGAUCGAGGGCAUGCUGGCGCAGAUAUGCUUGUCCAACGGGAAAUCGUCAAAACCUUCAACUCCUGGCCACCGACGGAACGCAUCAGCCAUAAACCUGGGCGAGCAGCCACCUUCAUCACCCAAGAAGCUGGGUGCUCUCUCGGAAGAUCUUGCUUUCAGGGAGUUCUUCAGGUUGCAGGAAGGUUUCGAGUGGAAUGUUGCGACAAGAGUGGCAGACUGCCUCGAGAGACUCCUUGGCAUGGCAAGCAAUGGUCAGAACGAUCUCCUCAUACUCUCGGCGCUCUCGAACCUCCAAGGUCUCCUCCUCCUCCACCCUCCUUCCCGGACGAUCUUUGGCCGCGAGAUCUACAUGAAUCUUGUUCUGGACCUACUCGAUCCCUAUAAUUGCCCCGCGAUACAGUCAUCUGCCGUACUUGUGCUGGUCACUGCACUUCUGGGUACACCCCAGAACACCCGGACAUUUGAGAAUAUGGACGGGUUGCUCACUGUGACAUCGCUAUUCAAGGACGACGAAACAACCCAGGGCGUUAAGUUGAAGCUUCUGGAGUUCUUAUACUUCUACCUCAUGCCAGAAUCGCCAGUACCAGCUGCAACUGGGCUGCAGCGGAGUCCCAGCAAGCUCGUCAAUGCCUUUGAUCGGAGGAGCAGCACUGUCCACGGCGACGACACCGGAUGUACCUCGACAAAGAACAUUCGCACCCAAGAGGAGAAGCAACAUUGGCUCUCCAAAUAUCUCAGCAACGUGGAGGCUCUGGUGCAGGACCUGCAGGAGACCGCACCAUUCACGAGCGUCACAUGCUGAUACUGGGCCAACUAGAACGUGAAUUCUAGUCCGUCUGACGUUGCUGUACUACCAUCUUUUUUUUCUCAUUACAUUUUGCCUCUAUCCUUGUCGAUUAUCGUCGACUUUGGCCUAUCCGCACUACACAUUUCCUUGUUUGUUUC